UUCCCAUCAGCCCUCAGAACUUCCUCUAUUAAGUUCCCUUUCGUGAACAUGGCAAAAAAAGGUGAGAAGAAGAGCCGUUCAGCCUUGAAUGAGGUGGUAACACGCGAGUACACCAUCCAUCUUCACAAGAGAAUCCAUGGCGUCUCAUUCAAACGAAGGGCCCCUCGUGCCAUCAAGGAAAUUAAGACAUUUGCCACCAAGAUGAUGGGAACCAGUGAUGUAAGGAUAGACACAAGACUAAACAAGCACAUUUCUCUGGAGCUGGCCCUGAUCCAUACUGCAUAAUAUUUCUGUACAGUAAUUUGUUUUCUGUAUCAUCUUCAUAGGAGUGUACCCUACAGAGUACGCGUCAGGCUGGCAAGGAAAAGGAACGAAGAUGAAGACUCCGCUAAUAAAUUGUACACAUUAGUUACACAUGUUCCGGUCACAGGAUUCAAAGGCCUACAGACCAUAAAUGUCGACAAUGAAGACUAAUCUAAAGUUAGUGCUUGAAAUUCUUGUAGAAAUUAUGGAAAAUUAAAGCAUAAGUGUACAGCCGAUACAAA